AUUGCUAAUUACCUCUCUUAAGUCACCAACUUUACUUAUAUGAGCAUGAAGCUUUAACCUUUCAUUUACACUUCCUCCUUUGUUUCAAACUUCAAAGUUAUUAAGGUUUAACAAGACAUAUACUUUUGACUGUUUUCGUUACUUAGGUGCAUGUCUACAGAUAUGUUUCUCCUUAACGAUUGCUUUAGAGUUGAGGAAGAACAAAAGAUAGAGACGGCUAGUAAAGCAAGUGAAGAAGAUUAUCUUAAACGUGACGGCCUUUUAGAUAUUGUACUGUCAUGGCCCUUCUUGGAUGUUCUCAACGAAAAUAUUUACAAAGACAAGGUUCACAAGAUUCCGGAGACGUUUAACUCAGUAACAGAUUACAAGAACUCUUUUGUUCCUCUUUUGAUUGAAGAAAUGCGCACUGAUUUAUCUUCAAGUUUGUUUGGGGUGUCCAGAGCUCCUUUGCGCGAAAUCAAGCACAUUGAAAACAGCAGGCGAAUUUCACUUCCUGAAGCUCAAGAGCAAAACAUACAGUUCAAUCACAUCAUACAGUUGAUGAGUGCAGCUGAAUCUGAUGAAGUUGAAGAUGGUGUAAAUUAUGUCCCUGAAUCAGGAGAUCUCAUUGCAUUCACAAACAUAAGGCCUAAAUGCUAUACUGACUUGAACACUCUCAAAAGUCACUACCAUAUUGCCUAUGUUGAAUGGGCAAAAAAAGAAAAUCUAUCAAAAGUUAAUGGAGAAAAAUAUGAUUAUUUUUAUAGAAUAUCUGUUCGAUCUUCCAAACACAUAGAGAUGAAUAUUGAAUAUGACUGCUGCAACAAUAAAGAGCUGAAACUGUAUGCAGUUUACCUUAUGAACAUGACGACAAGUCUUUGUAUUUGGAAUGCCCUGUGUUCAAUCUCAUGCGUGAAUAUAAUUAACACAGUUUUGGGGCCGCAUCAAAUUACUAGAGAAAGCUGCCAACGUUGUCUGUCUGAACCAGAAAUUAGAUCUUCUUUCAUCAAAGAUGACGUGGUAAUUCUUUCUCAGAAUCUGAAUGAAUCCCAAGAGGAUGCAGUUUCAAGCUGUGUUAGUAUGAUGAAUUGCAGACACGCUGAUAUCAAACUUAUUUGGGGACCACCAGGGACAGGGAAAACAAAGACAGUUGCAUGCUUAUUAUUUUCUCUACUCAAGUUUAAAACAAGAACAUUGGUAUGUGCUCCAACUAAUACUGCAGUUUUGGAAGUGGCAAUUCGGUUGCAUAGGUUAGCUAUGAAUUCACUUGAACAUGAUAGAUAUGGUUUGGGUGACAUUGUGCUAUUUGGCAAUAGUAAGAGGAUGAAGUUAAGUUCUCAUCCAGGCCUUGAAGAUAUCUUUCUUGAUAACCGGGUCCGGAAUCUCAUGCAGUGCUUUGAUCCAAAUACUGGAUGGGACAGUAACUUGCAAUCCAUGAUACAGUUGAUCAAUUCCAUGAAAGAAUUGGCUAAGAAAGAGUCUAGUGAAGUAGUUGAAUACAAGAAGAAAUUUUGUGAACAAAGAGAGAAGCUUGAGUUCUUCAUGCAAACCUUAUACACACACAUGCCAACAUCUCUCAUUUCACUGGAAAUGGUGACAAAAAUGCUUCAAGCUAUUGACUUGCUAAGGUCUCUUGGAAUUUCCUUGACACCGGCCAAAUUCAAGAAAAGAGAUGAAUGCCUUAACAUACUAAGUUCGCUUUCUGAGACCGUAGACCUACCUAAACUUGACAAGAUUGUUUUAAGGGGAGGUAUCUUCACGAGAGUUGUCGAUAGAGUUCAAGUAGAAAAAUUUUGCUUGUCGAAUGCUUGUCUAAUUUUCUGUACUGCAUCAAGUUCUAUUAAAAUGAACUCAGCAAAGGUGAAACCAGUGAAAUUUUUAGUUAUUGAUGAGGCUGCACAGCUAAAAGAAUGUGAAUCCACAAUUCCGUUACAGUUAUCAGGUCUUCGCCACUGUGUCCUAAUCGGAGAUGAGAAACAACUUCCAGCAUUUGUAAAUAGUAAGAUUGCAGAUAAUUGUGAAUUUGGACGGAGUUUGUUUGAGAGGUUGGCAAUUUUAGGAUACAAGAGGCAUAUGCUUAACGUUCAAUACAGAAUGCAUCCUUCCAUCAGUUUGUUCCCAUGCAAAGAGUUCUAUGGUGAAAAGCUUUUUGAUGCUCCUGUUGUAAGGGAAGAAAGCUAUAACAAGCUCUUCCUUGAAGGAGAUAUGUAUGGUCCUUAUUCUUUUAUUAACAUAGCUAAGGGUACAGAAAAAUUUGGACAUGGACAAAGUCUAAAGAACAUGGUUGAGGUUGCUGUUAUUUCAAAGAUACUUGAAAACCUUAAACAACAGUUCAUGAGGACAAAGAAGAAAGUUAGCAUAGGAAUAAUAUCUCCAUAUAAUGCUCAAGUUUAUGAAAUCAAGGAGAAAGUUAAGCAAUUCAUUUGGUGUUCUAAUUCCAAGUUCGCUGUUAAUGUUCGUUCUAUUGAUGGUUUUCAAGGUGGCGAGGAAGAUAUUAUAAUAAUAUCUACUGUGAGAUCCAAUGGAAGUGGUAAUGUAGGUUUUCUUUCAAAUAGACAGAGAACAAAUGUGGCUAUUACUAGGGCUAGAUAUUGCCUAUGGAUAUUAGGAAAUGAAUCUACUCUAAUCAACAGUGACUCUGUUUGGAGAAAUAUAGUUGUUGAUGCUAAGAAAAGGGGUUGUUUCCAUAAUGCUGAAGAGGACAAGAAAUUGGGCCAGGCUAUUGAGGAUGUCUUAUUCGAUCUCCAGCUGCUCGAAAAAUCCGAGUCUCGGUUUAAGAAACCAAAGCUAGAUGGAAAACCAAUACUUGAAGAAUCUGAUUCUUGGUUUAAGAUACAAAAUCAAUAUCUGAAGAAUCCGAGCCUCGAUUUAAAAUAAAAAACUAAGUUUAGGUGGAAAAUUAAAAAAUCAACUAGUCCCUCCCUUUAGUGCCAUUUGUGGUGGUGAAUUAUUUAUUCUGGUGGUGAUUCUGAUUUGUUUAAGAUGUUUAUGAGUUUGAUGAAAAACAUAGUAGCCUUGUUAAUUUUUGUGCUUUGAAUAUCCACCAAGUUUUUUAAUCCAGGCAAUAGUUUUAUACAACUCU